AGAACAAAAGUACCAAACGCAAUUACGCUAGUAUUGAAAAGUUUUCCAAUCGUUUGGCCAACAACAUUUUAGCCACUACUACUGACAGUCAGCGCGGACGAGGCACACGACGAAGCUGCCUUAAUGCUUUUCCAAAAGUAAACAAAACAUUCGAAUAGUUAAUUCACUGCUUAGUAAUGCCAGCGCUUGCGCCAGAGUCCACGAUACGAGCUCGUUAAUAUCUAAAAAGUGUUCGGCGCUUUUAAAAAGCAGCAACAAAGCGUAGGCAAAAGCAUAAAAUCUAGUGUAACAGCAGGAAAAGCCAACAGUCGGUCGGCGCGUUUGAUUGCGAGCAUUCGGUGGAAAUUUGAAAAGGCCACGGCAAGAGUUUAUUUGGUAAAUACCAAACAGCUGGUGGAGAAAGUGAAGAGUGCAAACGAGAAAAUAAAACAAACCAAAAAAAAAUUGCAAUUAAUUUAUUUUUAGUGUUUUUUUGAAAAAUUGUGUUAAACGGAAAAAUGGUUAAAGCACCAGCAAUCGGUAUUGAUUUGGGCACCACCUACUCCUGCGUGGGUGUUUGGCAGAACAACAAAGUUGAAAUCAUUGCCAACGAUCAGGGCAACCGCACCACGCCCAGUUAUGUGGCCUUCAACGAUACGGAACGUUUGAUCGGCGAUGCGGCCAAGAAUCAGGUCGCCAUGAAUGCCAAAAAUACAGUAUUCGAUGCCAAGCGUCUGAUCGGUCGCCGCUUCGAUGACGCCAAAAUACAAGAGGACAUAAAGCAUUGGCCUUUCAAGGUGGUCAAUGACUGCAGCAAGCCUAAAAUCGAGAUCGAGUUCAAGGGCGAAACUAAACGCUUCGCGCCCGAGGAGAUCAGUUCGAUGGUGUUGACAAAGAUGCGCGAAAUCGCCGAAGUCUAUUUGGGCGCCAAGGUGUCGGAUGCGGUUAUAACAGUACCAGCCUACUUUAAUGACAGCCAACGUCAAGCCACCAAAGAUGCCGGUUCGAUAGCUGGCCUCAAUGUGCUGCGCAUCAUCAAUGAACCCACUGCCGCCGCACUGGCCUAUGGUUUGGAUAAGAAUUUGAAGGGUGAGAAGAAUGUGUUGAUCUUUGACUUGGGUGGUGGCACCUUCGAUGUCUCCAUACUAUCCAUUGAUGAGGGCUCGCUUUUCGAGGUCAAGUCCACAGCCGGUGAUACACAUUUGGGUGGUGAAGAUUUCGACAAUCGUCUUGUUAAUCACUUUGUUGAAGAAUUCAAGCGCAAGCACAAACGCGAUCUCACAUCCAAUGUGCGCGCACUACGUCGUUUGCGUACCGCCUGCGAGCGCGCCAAGCGUACACUAUCUAGCAGCACAGAAGCUUCCAUUGAAAUCGACGCCUUACAUGAGGGUAUCGACUUCUAUUCUAAGAUUAGUCGUGCACGUUUCGAAGAGCUAAAUAUGGAUUUGUUCCGUUCAACGCUACAGCCAGUGGAACGCGCUUUGAAUGACGCAAAAAUGGACAAAGCUGCCAUUCAUGAUGUGGUGCUAGUGGGUGGAUCAACACGCAUUCCGAAAAUACAGAAAAUGUUGCAAGACUUCUUCGGCGGCAAACAGCUGAACUUGUCCAUCAAUCCCGACGAGGCUGUGGCAUACGGUGCAGCAGUGCAAGCUGCUAUUCUCACUGGCGUCGGUAGUUCACAGAUUCAGGAUGUUUUGCUGGUUGAUGUAACACCACUCUCAUUGGGUAUUGAAACCGCUGGCGGUGUUAUGACCAAGCUAAUCGAACGCAAUGCGCGUAUUCCAUGCAAGCAGCAACAGACCUUUACGACAUACAGUGACAACCAGAACGCUGUGACUAUUCAGGUGUACGAGGGUGAACGCGCCAUGACAAAGGAUAACAAUCUUUUGGGUACUUUCAAUUUGACUGGCAUACCACCGGCACCGCGUGGUGUACCCAAAAUCGAGGUCACUUUCGAUCUCAACGCCGAUGGUAUACUACACGUUUCCGCAAAGGACAACAGUACCGGCAAAUCGGAGAAGAUCACAAUCACCAAUGACAAGGGACGUUUGUCGAAAGCGGAAAUCGAUCGUAUGCUGUCGGAUGCGGAACGUUAUAAGGAUGAGGAUGAGAUGCAGAAACAGCGCAUACAGGCACGAAAUGCUUUGGAGAGCUACAUCUUCAGCUGCAAGCAGGCAGUGGAAGAUGCACCUGCUGGACGUCUAACGGACGCCGACAAGGCAACAGUGCGCGACAGAUGCACUACCGAGAUGUCCUGGUUGGAUGCCAAUACACUCGCCGAGAAAGAGGAAUUCGAUGAUCAUCUGAAGGAAUGUCAACGAGUUUGCGGGCCUAUAAUGGCGAAAAUGCAUGGAGCUGCUGGUAGCGGAGAUGCAGAUGCCGGCAAAGGAGCACAAGGUGGACGUGCCGGCGGACCGACUGUUGAGGAAGUCGAUUAGAGUAGUGCCAGAUUUUAUACGAUUUUUGUACUGAAUUCCACCUAAUUUUACGUUAAUUUUAAAUUGAAAUAUUUAUUCAUGCAUUUUCAAAAUUGGAGAAUUAUGCAUGCACGCAUUUAAAAAGCUAUGCAUUCAAAAAACAAAAAAAAAAAACAACAACAGCAUUCGGCUGAGUGCAAAUAAAUGCGUACAUAAAUACAUACAAA